AUGUUCUUACAAUUCUGCAUUCCGUCUCCUACUCAAACUUCUUAUACAUCUGAAUUCUUUUUGGAACUCGGUGUUGGAAUCGGUUGUGGCUGGUGUUCCAUUGUUGCGCGUCCAAUGACUAGGGAUCAAUUUCGGGAUGCUACGUUGGUUGUGGGUGAAUUAAAAUUGGCUAAGAAAGUGUGUGAGGGUGGAGAAAGUGUUGUUUAUUCGGAUGAGUUGGGUCGAGUUUUGACUGAGACGGUUGGUGGUAGAGGAGAGGAGUUGAGUCGGGUGGUAAAUUUGCAGGAAGCGGCAGUUCAUCCUGUUAAAGAUAGUGGAACUUCCAACUAUGAAUUACUUAACCUAAUGGAACAACUUGUAUUUCUCUUUUAG